AACAUUGCGAAGAAGAAAACCACUUCCGUAUAGUCAGACCUUUCUCUAAGCUUGCUGCUUGCACUUUGCCUUCUGUCGCUCUAGUUACAAAAUGUCUGAAAUGAAAGACAAGAAACGGGAGAACGUCAGCAUCGCCUCUGAGAUUGACCGGCUGGAAGAAAGACGUGAGCGUUGCCACGACAACUUGGAGAGGGCGGAGUUUAAGAGCAGGAAGGCGAGGCUGUCUGAAAAAGAGAGGCAAGAACUGGAAAAUGAAAUGGCAAUCAUAAAUGCAAGAGUGCAAAAGCUAGAUAAGGAUCUUGCAAUGUUGAGAGGGGAGAACCGAAGGAACAUGCUGUUGUCAGUAGCCCUGCUCACAAUCAGCGCUCUCUUCUACUACAUCUUUUACUUCAAUGAGGAUGACACAUGAUGCUGCGGAGAACCUCAGAGUGGGCUGCUACUCUUAACAAGCCCAGCACAGCCUUGCUACAGGAUUAUUAUUUGAGCUCUUUACGAAAAACCAAACACAUGAAAAGGAAUGAGCCAAAGAGUUGAUUAAAAUGCCUCAGUUCUGCCUCCAGGUGGCGUCAUUGCCAUUUAAAUUCUCUUAUGGUGAAUGUUUGCCUCCAAAGUUGCCAAAGCCACCGUAACCUUCUAAUUCUUGAGUCUUUAACCUUUCUGAAUCAUGUGGACCAACAAUGAUAAUGAAGGCUGUUGGUUAAACUUGCCUGUGAAAUGAGUGAACAUGUUCUUCAGCUUGUUUGUCAUUGUUUAUACAGCCCUUAUUACACAUAGGCAACCUAACCAGCACGCUGAAUGUAAAGUUUGCCUUAGCUAAGCCAGCGCUUAAUUACAAUGAAUGCAUGUCUGCCUCUUCAGUCCUGUGUGUGAAAAAAACACACUCAUCAUUUACUGCAUUUGACUUUUCUUUUUACUGUAGGUGAAAACUAAAAAUCACCAGAAGGAUGUAUUUGUUUGUAUUCAUUUUUAUGCAAGGGACACACUUAUGUAGUUACAAGAGCUUAAGAAACUAAACUGACAAAUGUUUACUUCAAAUAUGCAAUGUUGGGCUUGAUUUAUUUCUUUAUUGUAAAUAAAUAUAUAUUCAACCAA